CGCUGCCCGGCUGGUUCCACAAGUUUUUGACAGUUUCUUAGCGGCGGAGGGACGGGACGAGGCGAGCCGAGCCUGCCGCGGCGGCGCGGGGCUGGGGCCGAGGCGCUCUGCGGAGGACGAAGCUUUUCCCACCGGCCGCCUCUCCGCCGGCACCAUGUCUCGGGACCCCGAGGAGGUGAACAAGCUGACGGAGAGCACUUACAAAAAUGUUAUGGAACAGUUCAAUCCAGGACUGAGGAAUUUAAUAAAUCUGGGGAAGAAUUAUGAAAAAGCUGUUAAUGCUAUGGUGGUGGCUGGAAGAGCAUAUUAUGAUAGCCUCGCAAAGAUUGGGGAUAUAUCGGCUGAUUCUCCAGUUUCUAAAGAAUUAGGCCAAGUUCUUGUAGAAAUUUCAAGAACACACAAGAAACUUAAUGACAGUCUAGAGGAGAGUUUCAAAAAAUUUCACAAGGAAAUUAUAUCUGAACUGGAGAAGAAAACAGACCUGGAUGUAAAAUAUAUGAACGCAACUUUAAAGAGAUACCAAACUGAACACAGAAGCAAAUUAGAUUCUCUAGAGAAGUCUCAGGCUGAGCUGAAAAAAAUCAGAAGGAAAAGCCAAGGAGCACGAAAUGUAAUGAAAUAUGAGCAUAAAGAAAUGGAGUAUUUGGAAACCGUGAGCUCUCGACAGAGUGAUAUUCAGAGAUUUAUUGCAGAAGGCUGCAGAGAAGCUCUCCUUGAAGAAAAAAGAAGAUUCUGUUUUCUGGUUGACAAGCACUGCAGCUUUACCCAGCAUAUGCACUUCUAUCAUGUUCAGUGUGCGGACUUCCUAAAAUCCAAGUUGCCUGGGUGGCAGGAAACCUGUAGCGAUGCCACCAAAGUGCCUGAAAAAGUCAAAAUGAUGAUAGACGAAAUAAGGACACCUGGUUCCACACCAAUAUCAGGAACUCCACAACCUUCACCAAUGAUAGAGAGAAAUACCACGAUUGGAAAUGAUUUUUAUCCUCAUAAUGAAAAUGCAUCCAAGGUGCCCCCUGCUCCUACAGGCAGGGCCUACACUAGUCCACUAGUGGAUAUGUUUAACAAUCCUGCAACAGUUCCAAAGACAUCUUCUGAAAAACUAAGUAGUUCAGGAGAGAAUUCAGACGAUGCCAGUUUAUUGCGUUCAACUUCUGUUGCCACAGGACUAAAUAUAAUGAAAAGGCAAAAAGUAAAGACAAUCUUCCCACAUACUGCUGGAAGUAACAAGACGUUGCUUAGCUUUGCACAGGGGGAUAUCAUCACGCUUCUUGUAGCUGAAGAAAAGGACGGCUGGCUUUACGGGGAACAUGACACAACUAAAGUAAAAGGAUGGUUUCCGUCAUCGUAUACUAGGCCACUAGAAGAACCAGUGGAAGAAAAAGCAUUUGUCCCAGUGCCAAGCUCUGCACCGAUCAGAAGUAUUAGUUCUGUAAAUCUUGUGGAAAAAGGUGAUGUUGUCCUCCCACCGCCAGACUAUCUGGGGUCUUUGCAAACAGAUAAAAAAAUUGAGUCUUCCAAAGGUACUACUAUUAAAACACCAACCGACAGACCAGAAAACGCAGGUCUGAAACCAGAUAUGAAUGGCAUUAUAAAACCACCUUUUCUAAGUGGAGAAAACCCUUUUGCAACUGUGAAACUCAGACCAACAGUAACAAAUGACAGAUCGGCACCAAUUAUUCGAUGAAUACGUGGUCCAUAAACAUGUACUUCUUCCUUACAGACACCAUUUUCAGUUAUGACAAUUACUCUCUAAACUUGUUCUAAAAAGUUAUUUAAAUGUAAUUACUGUACAAUAGAAGCAUACUGGAAUGGAUCUGAUUUUUUUUUUAAACCUACACUUUCUAAUGAGGUAAUUGCUUUGGGCUAAUGUUUGAGCACUUUGGCUUGAUUUUACAGUAUGCCUUUUUUGUAGUAGGAAUUGUGGAAAUGUGGAGAUAGUUCAGAUAUGCUAGGAAACCAGUGUAACUAAUAGAUCACAAAUAUGAAUCUCUGGCAUCUGUUAUUUGGAAACUGCAAUGGUAAGUUCUCGACUAUAAGCCUGCAUAUGCCACAUACUACAUAAGAAAAAGAUUUUUUUUCCAGAAAGAACAAUAUAACAACUGCCUUAUUCAAGAAUAGAGAGUUGCCUGUAAAAAGUGAUUAUACAUUAUUUUAAGACACACACUCUAGGUUAUAAAUAAAUAUUUAUCCUUUAAAAGUAGAAUUUGUAAUGCUUUGCUUAAUGUUCAGAUAAAAGUUUGUUAACAUAAACCCAUUUUAAAUGUUGUACUGUCAACACAUUCUUCAAUGAUAUUUUUUCGUUAAAGCACAUUGUUAAACACUAGUCUUAUAAAAAAGUCAUAAUAAAACAGUACCGUGA